UCGUCGCGAGUCGCGACUCGCGAGCCGCCAGCGGGGGAAAGGGGGCUGCAUUGAAUGACAGGGAAGACACUGACACUGAAGACAGAGGCUGUAAAUAAACGAGGAGUGAGUAAACGAUGGCCGCUCCCUAAAAUCUGUCUGAGAUUAUUUUGAAUGCUUUGUCUUGUAUUAAAAUGGCUGAAAAGAAACCAGCUAACUUCCUACCUCCGAAGAAGAGGACCAGUGGCAAAAAGGGCACUGCAGGAAACGCCCAUGGUGACUUUAUUAUGAGCGUCCAGGGCGAGGGUAGGAGCCCGAUUACUUCUCCGUCUGACGAGGAACUAGACAAACUGGACACGAUUGGCGAGGCUGAGCCGAUGGUCAGCUCAUCGGCCACCCCUGAUUCUCAAUUAAUUGAGUCGAUAAGCACAGAUCAAAGCAGGAGUCCAAGUCUUGACAUCAUGGGAUCCAACCGACGAAAGAAAAAAGUGAAUAUUUGCACAGAGAACUCUGACGACCCUCUCGUUGCCAAGGCAGCCACCUCGACUUCCUCGCUGGACAGAAGCGAGUCCGAGCUAACCAGGCGCUCGCCCAGCGAAAACUUUUUGACCCUGACUGGAACAAUCAAAAGGGGUCGUAAGGCAGGGCAGAACGUGGACGUCAAGCUAAACAUGUCUCGCGAGGAGCUAGAAAUCAUCGAAGCCUCAAUCACAGAGAAGAACUUGAAGGAAACACCAUGCUUUGGAAUUCACAUUUUCGUCCUCUCAAUUAUCUGCAUUCCUUUUGUAACGAUCGCAGCUGCAGUUUACAAUUUUUACAUGGGCACGCUCACUUGGUAUAACAUUUUCACUCAUUUUUGCAACGGCCACAGCAAAAUAUUUUGCUCCAAAAUACUGUUUCCGCCGUUCGUCAUUCUUUUCUAUCCGUUUUUCAUUGUGUCCGUCUCGCUUUUCCUGGGUUUGUACGCAGGCAUAACUCAGGUGACAUUUGAUCUGACUCGUUGGAUGACUCAAGUGCAGGAUCUCGAAAAAGGGUUCUUUGGCUCGAUGUGCUCAGCCUUGAAACUUGAGGAUUGCUCGCCGUAUGAAGUUGUAAUCCUCGUAGAUAUAAAGCAGGAGCCGAUCUCACAGCCCGAAGCCUAACCCUCCCAACUUCUCACUGUCAGCAUAGCAAAUGAUGCUCAAACAUUUGGUGUUAUUUUUAAAAUUAUUCGCCAACGUUAACGUUAUUCCAGCGCACAGUUUGCAAACUGAUAAGACCUAAUUGCAAUUUAACCACGCACCGCACACGACCGAGAGCCAUAAUAAUAAUCAAAGUUUCUUUGGGAAGAUUUUAAAAUUUCAUCUCUUUACAUGAAUCGACUUGUUUUUCCCGCCGAUAUCUGCCAUAGUGAUACUUUUUAGAAUUAAUUGUAAUGGUAAUCAUUGAAGUCUAUAUAGAUGUUUAUAAUUUAUAAAUUUUUACAUUUAUACCGGAAACUACCCAAGCAUGUUUUAGACUAAGAAAUCUUUUAGAAGUUUUGUAUUCAAUGCGUACAACAUAGCAAAAUUGUUCUGUGAUAUUUGAAUGGUAUUCCAAAAAGGUGGAAAACACAUGUCAGUGCUCCCUGUGGUGAUAAAUUGAUUUGAUAUCAUUUUAUGCAAUUGUCGGAACGUUUUACAUAUCGAUGUUCUUUUGAUACUGCUUUUGAAUCCAAUGCAUUUAUAUCGUAUUAAUUUUUCUUUGUUCUGCCAUAAAUGCGUAUUAAACAUCAAAAAAUUAU